AUGAAGAGGAAACAGAAGCGCUUUCUGCAGAUGACGUUGUUGUUCGUGGUGACCCUGGUUUUCCUGCCCAACGUCGGACUCUGGUCUCUGUACAGGGAGAAACACCUGGUGAAGUCCACCAUGCUGGGAGAGCAGCAGCAUUCCUUCCUUGGUUGUCACAAUGGGACUGAUAUUAUAGAAAAACAGCAUGUGUUUCAGACAUUCCCGAUGGGGUUUGGAGAUGGACAGCUGUAUCCCUGGACAGAUGGGUUGAGAAGAAAGGACUGGCAUGAUUACGAAAGUAUUCAGAAAGAUGCCAUGCGUUCAGGGAAAGGUGAACAAGGAAAGCCAUAUCCGCUCACAGAAGAAGACAAUGAUGAUUCUGCUUAUCGGGAAAAUGGGUUCAAUAUUUUUGUGAGCAACAAUAUAGCCUUGGAGCGAUCAUUGCCAGAUAUCCGCCAUCCUAACUGUAAGCACAAGGUAUAUUUGGAGAAGCUUCCAAACACGAGUAUAAUUAUCCCAUUUCAUAAUGAAGGCUGGACUUCACUCUUGCGGACCAUACACAGCAUUAUCAACAGGACUCCAAACAGCCUGAUAGCAGAAAUCAUUCUUGUGGAUGACUUUAGUGACAGAGAACACUUGAAAGAGAAGCUGGAGGAAUAUAUGGCCCGUUUUGUCAAAGUGAGAAUUGUGCGCACCAAGAAGCGAGAAGGGCUCAUUCGCACCAGACUCCUUGGAGCCUCGAUAGCUAAAGGUGAAGUCCUGACCUUCCUGGAUUCCCAUUGUGAAGUCAAUGUGAACUGGCUGCCUCCAUUACUUAACCAGAUUGCGUUAAACCAUAAAACCAUUGUGUGCCCCAUGAUCGAUGUCAUUGACCACAAUCACUUUGGGUAUGAGGCGCAAGCGGGGGAUGCCAUGCGUGGAGCCUUUGACUGGGAGAUGUACUACAAAAGAAUACCAAUUCCUCCAGAGCUCCAGAGGACUGAUCCCAGUGACCCCUUUGAAUCUCCUGUUAUGGCUGGAGGCUUAUUCGCUGUUAACAGAAAGUGGUUUUGGGAUCUCGGUGGCUAUGAUCCAGGUUUAGAAAUCUGGGGAGGGGAGCAGUAUGAAAUUUCCUUCAAGGUCUGGAUGUGUGGAGGUGGUAUGUUUGAUGUUCCAUGUUCAAGAGUUGGACACAUCUACAGAAAAUAUGUUCCUUACAAAGUCCCAUCUGGAACUAGCCUAGCAAGAAACCUGAAGCGUGUGGCUGAAACGUGGAUGGAUGAGUUCGCAGAGUACGUUUACCAGAGGCGGCCGGAGUACAGGCAUCUCUCCACCGGUGAUCUUUCAGCCCAGAAGGAGCUUCGCAAGCACCUUAAGUGCAAGGACUUCAAGUGGUUCAUGGCUGCAGUGGCUUGGGAUGUCCCCAAAUAUUUCCCUCCGGUGGAGCCCCUACCUGCUUCCUGGGGAGAGAUUCGAAAUGUGGCAGCCAAUCUCUGCGUGGACAGUAAACAUGGAGGCACAGGCACCGAACUCAGGCUCGAUAUAUGCGUGAAGGAUGGCUCUGAAAGGACAUGGUCACAUGAGCAGCUCUUCACUUUUGGUUGGAGGGAAGACAUUCGGCCAGGAGAACCUCUUCACACCAGAAAAUUCUGCUUUGAUGCUGUGUCGCAUAGUAGCCCUGUCACACUUUAUGACUGCCAUGGUAUGAAGGGCAAUCAGCACUGGAGCUAUAGGAAGGACAAAACUUUGUUCCAUCCGGUGAGCAGCAGCUGCAUCGAUUGCAACCCGGCAGAGAAGAAGAUUUUCAUGAACAGAUGUGAUCCUUUAUCUGAAACUCAACAGUGGAUUUUUGAGCAUAUUAAUAUGACUGUUUUAGAAAAAAUUAACAGCAAGAAAAACAGCUCUUAGGGAGAAGAAAAUCGACUGUUCUGUACAGAUUGCAACCAACAUUUUGGCCAGCUUCUGGGUCAAAAAAGAGUCAGAAUUUUCCUAAAGCCAGGAAAUCUGUUCUGAAGAUUAAGUAAAUGCCAAGGAAGAAGCCAAAUGGGCUGUCAUUGCGGAUGGACCAUAUCUGAAGAACUUGGCUAAGAACCUCGCCAGCUGCUGCUGAGGCCUUCAAGCUGACAAUUUCCCUUGCUGGUCAAGGGAAAAUUUUAUUUAAAAAAGUAAAAAAAGAAAUGUUUCCAAACACUCUGUGUUAAUAAAGUUAAACAAAGUUUUAGAGUUUCUCAGGUCAAACCCUGCUAUAGUGAGUAGCUGCUAUGAAUAGUUGCUGUUACUUAUGGGGGAUAUAUGGAGUGCAUGAGCGCUAUUGGAAUCAUCGUCCGCCACAGGUAUAGAACUAGCAACAUUUAUGGGAUGCCGUUGCAAUCCCAGAAUUGUGAAGAAGAGGUAUGUUCUAGUGCCAUUUCAUUCCCUUCAUGGAAGUUAGGUUCAGGACAGUUCUUUGAAUAAGAGGUCACAACAGAUCAUGUUAAGAAACCUCCCUACUACAUUCCUGUCACUGAUCAAAUGGGAAUGGUUGGGGUGGGGGGGACGUAAGAGUUAUUUUAGAGUUACAUUUUGAAUGAAGCAUGAAAAUGACUAUAAGGCAUCACACUAGCAUUUUUCUUCUGCAGUUGAAGAAACAAUAAUUUCCAUCAAAGUGAUUAAAUAAAAUGUCCAUUCCAUGUUGAAGCACUACCGAACAACCAUCUAUAGUCAUUCAUAUCUAUCCAACCAUCCUUGGAGGAAUGAGCCAAACAAAUGACUCAAUGGCGACAUCCUUAUUCAUCAGUAACAAGGGAAUAUGUUACUUAUAAAAGCAGCACAAUGCAAGAUUUGCAGAAAGGAUUUCCUCUCGGAAGUCUACGUUUCUUUCCUGGCACCUUUUAUUAAAAGACUUAUAAGUAGAUUUAGAUCAAUACAUUCAGCAAAAAAAGAGAUAUAAUGAGUCUGACAAGAUGGGCUUAUGGCCAACAAAGGAAGGGUCUAGUGCUCUGACUUAAAGGAUGCGGGCACUAUCAACAUUAACAAGGAGCUGCAGGGAUUAUAACAAAAGGCAAAAUAUGCAACAACAGUUCAGGAGUUUCUACGACAUUAGCUGGGCAUUCUGUAGAGUAGAAACUGAAAUUGUAAGCCCCUGCUGAAAGUUUCAAUCGCAUUAUAAAGGCCAAAAAAAGGGUUAGCAUAUAACUGUCUUCAACUUUUCUGUAUUCGGGGUUGUGCACACCCUAACUGCACAUUACCAGUCUUUUCCAAUGUUUGUUUAAAGGUGAUUCUUUCCCCAAACCAGUCUAUUUUCCAGAACCAAGUUUUGUAGUCAGCAGAAUCCCAUGGUACAUUUUUUGCUGGACCUAUAUCAUAGUAAGCUGUUGGUGAGGAAGCAUGAUGCUUAAAUACUCUCUGAUAUCAGUGCAAAGUUAGACCAGGAGAUAGAAGAAAUGAAACCUAAGCUUUUGGGUUGAUGCUCAUUUUUUUCCCUAUUCAGGGAAUAUUUUAUGUUUGUACAAAUUCAUAUCUACAAUCUUAAUAAUGAAGAAUUAUUAUAUCAGAUCAUUUCUGGUUGUGUUGUCUGACACUGUCUUCAAAACAUGGGUGAGUUUGUUGUGCAGACAAGCAUUUAGAUCUGCAAACUGAAUUGAUACAGAACAGUUACGCCAUGUGAUAUUUGUUUUCUGUGACUGCAUGUUUUGUUUAAGCAUGUUAAUGAAGAUUUGGAUAUAUACUUGUAGAUGUGGUAGGAAAUAGAAAGUAUGGAUCAUAACACAGUAAAAUACAUAUCUGAAACUGGCUUUGCAGUCAGGUGAAAUGCAAAGGUGGACGAGCGCAAUGGUACCAUUAUCAAACCAGUUUUGAGUAGUUCCAGUUCAAGAUGGAAUCUUACUGUCAUGGUAGUUCUUAAAUCAGAAUAGCCUUCAUAAUUUAAAUGCUGGUAUAGAAUUAUUUGAAGAUCUCUUUUUCUGCCUUGGCAGAGAUGAAUAAGCAGUCAACUAUUCUAAAAUUAAAUCCAUACAUCAAUCAAUUGUACUUGAAUUCCAAAGUUGAGCAAACCAAGGGAUCAUAUAUUGCAUUUGACUGAUACGUGAAAUGCCAUUUUCACUUUUCAAUAUGUCAUGUAACAAAUUAAUUCUGAACAUCUGUUUAUACUUCUUACUUUUUUAAUGUAGUUGGAUAAAAUUAGUUUUAUAUUUGUUUCUUGGCCAUGUACUGUAGGGAUGACUGUACCUACCUAUAGAGCAGUAGUGUUAUUGUUCUAUAACCCGAUCAAAUUUUGCAUGCAGUGUAGGAUAUGAAUUCCCAGGUUGCAAAGAUUGGUAUAAGACAGAGCUAUAUGUGCCAAGUGGCCUGCCUUAAACUAGUGUGCUGCCCUCAGUGAUGCUCAAAAUCAUUGUCCAAUCAUCAGUGUUGAAGUAAAAUUCAACUGUUGAUCCAGUGAACUUCUGUACAUAGAACUGUAUUGUGAUGGGUGUCAUUUUGUCCUAAGCCUCAGACAGCAAAAAUAUCUUGGAUCAGUUCUGAUCAUCACUCAACAGAACAUUGCAGGAUGGUCACGUGAUAGCGAUGACAUCCAGGCAUGUGUUCUAGAAUAUAAACAUCUUCUGUGUUCUUCUCUGAGUUGGAUGCACUAUUUCACCAUGAAAAUGUUUGAUUUCAAAUCACCAAUGAGAUGAGUCAGGCUGCUGUUCAAUACAAAUGAUACUUACAGCAAGUCCAAUGGCAGCUAAGUAGUUUUACUGGGUGCAAAAUGGAUAAACCAAACCUGCGACUUGCAUAGCAGUGGCAUUGAAUUGAGAUUUUGUGCAGAAUUUUAAAAUGGUAAGCCUUCUUGGUGGUGGCUCCCCCGUCUCUGGAACACCCUCCCCAGGGAAAUUAGGCAAUAGUACCAGUUUUUAAGAGCUGGUACUCUUGUAGAAGCAUCUUAGAAAGAUACUCUUCUUUAAACAAGGUUUUUAACAGGAAUACUAACAGCACUUUUAGAGGUCUGGGAUAUGAAUCACAGCAUCUCCAGCAGUGGUUCUCAACCUGCGGGUCCCCAGAUGUUUUGGUCUUCAACUCCCAGGAAUCCUAACAGCUUGUAAACUGACUGGGAUUUCUGGGUGUUGUAGGCCAAAACACUUGGUGACCCACAAAUUGAGAACCACUGAUCAACAGUCUACUAUGAAGGGAAUGAGUAGAUCUUCAAAUUGCAUACUACAUAAAGAGCUGGUAGCAGGGAAAUGUUGAAGGGUAUAAUUAUUGAGAAAAGUCAAAAUAUUAAGAUUAUGUCAUUCUAAUGCUUAGUAAAUUGCUAGAUAACAAUCAGAGUAAGAAACUAAAUGUGUAUUAGCCUUCAAAAUUCUUUGACAUUUCCUUUAAACCAGAUGUGGCAGCACAGGUUGAAAGACAGAGCCACAGCUGUUUCUAAAGAUCCCUUAUGUCAAUGUCAAUAGAAGCAUUCUGCCAAAAUGUACUGGUAAAUAAAUAAAAUAAAUAAAUAACUUUAUAUAUAUUCCAACCUAUCUCCCUGAAGGGAUUUCAGGGCAAAUUCCAAUCACAAAAAGGCAAGCAUUCAAUGCCUGAAUACAACAACCAAUGCAAACAUAAUAGCAAACAAUAAUAACCCAACAUAUAAAAUCAAAAUUAUAACUUAACUAAAAAUUUUUUUUAAAAAACACAUAUACAUAUAAACAUAAAAUAAAACAUCAAGCAGAAAUAUCAAUAUCCCAGAGCCCAUAGAUGUCAUCAAAAAAGGACAUCUUUCAUCCUUAUUUCUACUGGCACCAUCAACAAAAUACACCUUUCUUCCUCAUUUCUUCUUCUGGAAGACAGUCUUUUCAGGGCACUCUUGAAGUUGCUGGCACCACAGAGAAUUGUUCUAUGCACAUUGAGAGCUGAAUUUCAAUGACAGCUGCUUUUGAAGUAGCAGGAACCUUAGAUCAGUAGUUCUCAAUCUGUGGGUCCCCAGAUGUUUUGGCCUUCAAUUCCCAGAAAACCUAACAGCUGGUAAACUGGCAGGGAUUUCUGGGAGUUGUAGGCCAAAACACCUGGGGAUCCGCAGGUUGAGAACCACUGCCUUAGGAGAAGUGUAGCUCCUGGUGAUUAGGGGUUAGGAAUAAAUGCCAUCUCUAGCUCACUCCCAGAAGGCAUCCAACACUGCUAAAAAAUAAAUUGAGGAUUUUACUUCUGUUGUUUGCUGAGCAGACCCACAUUGUCCAAUGUCCUGUCCCCUCCUCAACAGUUCUCAAACCCCAGAAGGGAUUCUUCUUGCUGCUUACUGAUGGGAUGGAAAGAAAGGUGGAGGCAAUUCAAAUGCUAAAAGAAUUUCAGCUGAUUUCAGCUCAGGAGAAGACACCUGAGAGUGCACUCACAAAUGGAGUGCAACCUUCUUUUCCUUCCUCUCUUAGCCCAGAGCAGCAGUAUCAUCUAAAUCAGUGUGGCCCAACCUUUAGUUACCUGAGGGCCAAUCAAACUUUAGUAUAGGAAUGUGAGGCUCCAAUAUGGCCGUUAUAUGACCGUUUCUUGAAAACGUAAAGUGGUAAGAAGGGUAAACAAAUUUUUUCCAAAUAUUAGCUUAAAACAUUUUUCCAGUAAGAAGGACAAGGGCCAACAAAAAUGAAUUGGUGUGUCACAUGCGUCCUGUAGGCCAUGGGUUGGACCACACUGAUCUAAAUAAUCAACACCCCAUCCAACCUGUAGACUACAAUAGUUAUAGUGUUUGGGGGGUGGGAUCAAUUUCAAAAGACUGCUGAAUAACUCACUCACCUUGUCUAGAAAGAGACAUGUGCAUACAUAAGGAUGUCACUAAGAAGAAGCCACUUGCUGGCAGAUACCCACCACUGCUUUAAACUUGCAUUUUCCUUUUUGCACAUGCCAGCCACAGUCCAAUGCAGUGUUUGUCAUGCUUAGGAUUACUGAGGUCAAGGGACUUUAGCAAGCCUAAUGUGAUAUACAGUACCUUCUGUUAUGAGAAUUGUUUAAAAUAUCUAAUGAGCUUUUUAAAUCUGUAAUGUUUUCUAAAAUAUUAUGUUUCUCAUUUUAUUGGUUUUUUAUGUGGACUGAGGUGGAUCAAUAAUUUUUUUCUUAUCAGUGCCUCAUACUUGUCCCAAGAUACCAUCCAGGUUGAAAGACUAAAACUAUGCCUUUACUGAACUCAGAGCCACUUAAGAAACUGAGGUUUCCUUUCACUGUCUUGCAAUAAAAUGCUUCCAAGUUAAACAAUAUUAGCAGCUCUUUAAUCUGUGCCAAUGACUGACGCAGCAAGGUAGUAAUCUUGCUACACAGGUCAUGGCAUUGUAACAAGCAUCCCAUUCUUAUCUCAUCAGAAAAGCUGGCAUGUGUUUCAAGACAAUCCUUUUAGGACAACUUAUUGAGUGUCAUGCUUGGAUGAACAGUUCGUAUGCUGGUGUGCAAUGUACAAAUGGAAUGAUCUAAGUCUCUGCAAUGAGAGUUUAUGUUGAAGAAUUGUUAUUAGUGUUUUAAAAAUAGCUUCUCUUCAAAUAGAUAGAUACUGAUAAGAUUUCCAUUGAUUUCUUUGACAAGCUGACACUUUAACAAUAGUUGUAUAUGAGUUCAGCAAAAUGAAUAUGGGUGUAACUUCUCUAUUAGACAGUGGACAGGUAUCCCUUUGUAAUAAACACCAACUGGCUUGUGCUAUACUUAACGGGAAGGUAUACCACCAGCAAGUGAAGGUCAAUAAAUAAGAAAAAGUAUACAUACCUGUUUAGCAGCAGUAGCCAGCUUAGUGAGGUUGUUUUUGGGAUAGACAAGAUGAUAAAAUUUCACAUGACAGUAUUUGAAAUUCUUCCCUUGUCCACUUAGCUGAAAAUAUGCACAUCUAUAGUAUAUAUUCAUAUGGAAAUAAAUAGAAAAUUCAUUUUAACGACAGUCAGGAUGGGAACUGAACUACAAGUAUUUUGUUUGCUAUGGUUGCAUGCUAUCAUUAUACGGUUCUUGGACAUGGAUGCCAAUGUAGACCUAGCUAGGGAAAAUAGCAAAGUAAAUCUUGCUUGGGGAACAGAUGCCUAAGUAUGCUUUUCACAUCUGUUUCUAGAAAGAGCACAACACUUAGAUCAUAUAUGAAAGCUUUUACCCCCUUCGAAAAAGGAUUGUAAAUAUUCCAAAUGGGCCUCCUCCUGGCCUCAGGCUCAAACAUUGAAUCACAUCUUAUAAUAGCACAGUCUGGUCACAGUGUGGUAAAAAAAAAAGCAGCUUUAAGAUGUUACGUACUUUGGCUUAACCCAGUGGAAAAACGGAGUGCAAAAAAUGUUAGGUAGCUUAAAGAUGCUGCUGAUAGAAAUUAUAAAUACUGACAUCGGUUUGCCAAGAACGUGAUAAUUACUGAUAUAUAAAGUAUCUAGUGUGUACUAUGCAUUAUUUCUGUAGAAAUCUUGCUGGAAAGAAUAUUGUGGUUGAUCCAAAUGUGCCCUUCUGGAAAAAGAAUAGAAUCUAAUUAGUAUAGUGUUGUUGUUAUUGUUGUAAGCCUUUGAAUCAUUUCUGACUUAAGGGAACCUUAUCAGAGGGUUUACUUGGCAUGAUUUAUUCCUUUGCUUUUUCCUUCCUCUGAGGUGUAGGGAGUCUGUUUUGCCCAAGGUUAUGCCGUUGAACAAAUGGAAUUUACAAAGAUAUAGAUGUACCAUUAAUUCAACCGGUUCACUCUAUUUGGGACUAAAAACCAGAUUUAGGCUAGUGUGUUCCACUCAUGGAAAGUCUGUCAUUAAAUCUUUGUUAUAGGGUCGCAUGAGAAAAGUAAACUAAAAUCCAAAGACUUGUGCUGAAACGUGGUUGACCUGAAGAAGCAUAAGACCUGCUAUAGAACAGAAUCUGCUUAUUAAAUCAGUAUACUAUUGAUAUGAAAAUUCAAACAAAAGCCAAUGAAAAUAUAGAACAAUACUAGCUCUGUUUUUCCCACACUCAUGAUGUACCCAAGUAUUACUCAUAACUGUAAUCCUAAGAUCAUUAAGUGUUUCCAAAUCACACUGAUAUAUAUCCAUAAGAUGGGCCAAAACUAACUAAAUGAAGUUCAGCAGGGACAAAUGCAAGAUACCCCACGUAGGCAGAAAAAAAUUAAAUGCAAAGAUACAGAAUGGGGGAUGCCUGGCUUGACAGCAGUACGUGUGAAAUAGAUCUUGGAGUCCUCGUGGACAAGUUAAACAUGAGCCAACAAUGUGGUGCGGCAGCUAAAAAAGCCAAUGGGGUUUUGGGCUGCAUAAAUAGGAGUCUAGUGUCUAGAUCCAGGGACGUCAUGCUUCCCCUCUAUUCUGCCUUGGUUAGACUACACCUGGAACACUGUGUCCCAUUAAAGGCAGUGUUCUUAUUUCUUAGUGGAUGUAUAUAGAAUUGUGAUAUUAUGUACAUAGAUUGGGAAAGAAAAAGAACUGCACAAGUCACAAACAAAAUAUUUGGUUCCCUUCAGGGGAUUUUCUCUUGAACCUAAAUUGCUUUAACCCAAAUUGCUUUUGAUUUUCCAUUGAAUUUUAAAAGAGGUUUUUCAUGCAGCACAGAAUUCUGCUGUUCAAAAAACUCCUGCAUAUGAUUUGUUGGGUCUAGGCCAUGAAAUCUGUUUUUCUAGAUUACUGAAUUCUUUGUGAGAGAAAUUGUAAACGGAGCAUUUAACAAGAACAGCAAAGCAUAUGGGACCAGAAACAAACCAAAGACAUCUCGGGUGCUUCCAACCUUCCAUAUUUGUUAGUCAAAUGUCUGGAGGAAGUAAGAUCUCCAGGUACUGGGGGCUUCCAUCUUCUCUUUGUUAAUAGUGCAAGUUAGAAGAGUAUUUUCAAAUAUUUGACAACAUUUCUAUCUGUGGGUAUGGUAAGUCAGAAGUUCCCCUUUCUUCUUGGUCUUUUUUGGUGUCCAUUGGAUCAUUCAGGUGUCGGACCCUAAAGCAGAGAUGAGGAAUGAAUAAUCCAUCAGAAAUGUUUGGACUACAAUUCCCUGCAAUGCUUUCCAGCAAAGUCAAUGAUGAAGAACGAUGGGAGUUGUAGACUAAUAAUAUCUGGAGAACCACAUAUCAUAUUCCCUAGCACUGCUCUGAAAGCAAGAAAUGACUGUAAUGUAGCCUAAUACAAAUCUAAAGAUUUGGUGAAAAGAGUAAUAGGCAGCAUUUCAAAGGAGCAAUAGUAAUAAGAGUGUGGCUUCAAAUCAAAAUUAUUCUUUUACAGUUUUUUAUAGCUGUGCUAAUAAAUUGUUUGGAUCUCAAAGUUCUAAUCUGUAAGAUAGAUAAAAAUUGUUAGACUAAGGUAACUUAUGGAACGAACUCCAUUGCCCCAGUCAUAUUUAUCACCAAACUCUGUUUAAGUGUUACUUGAAUGGACCAAGGGUUUGUGAUCUUCCCCCCUCUCCUAGCAUGGACUGAGGAAGGAGACUGGAAGCUUUUAUUUCUGGUGUUACUUUACAUUCUUUUUCAUUAUGGCUAAACACAAGCCUGUGAUAAAAAAAGUUUUCUCAAUAUUGUAUCUGGGUUCAAUGUACAUAUUUGGGGUACAGUGUUUGCUUACUUAUCGCGGGGGUUAGGUUCCAGGACCACCUGCAAUAAGUGAAAAUCCACAAAGUAGGAAUGCUAUAUUUAUUUUAAUAUUUAUACAUUAUUUUAGUAUUUAUACACUAUUUUAAGUCUUUAUCAACCAAUCGUGUGUUGAUAAAUCACCUCCUUCUCCUGUUACCACUUGGGCUCCUUUUCUUUCCCUUCGGCUUCUCCUUCCUCCCUUCCUUAGGCUGUAAAUUGAAAUUUUUUAUGAUUUAUAAUAUUCUUUUAGAGUUUAUUGAAAAACCGAGAAACAGCGAAUCCACGAAAAGUGAACCGCAAAGUAGUGAGGAAACACUGGACUAAAAUUGGAAAAAAAAAGCUGUAUCUCACACGCUCUUUGACAAAUGUCAUUACAAAUUUCAGUGCUAAUUUCAUACAAUCACAUCUAACAAUAUAAAAAUGUCAAAGCAAGUUGUGAAAAAAGUACAUGAUGGAGCAAAUUUGAGGUCUUUUUUGGAUUUAGAACACCAACUUUGUUUAAACUGGCAUACCUUUUUUUGAACGUUUUAAUGACUCCAAUUUUUCAGGCUAAAGUUAUGAUUUAUUCAACAAGCCAACAUGUGUUUAUUAAGUUCAGAUGCAAUCUAACCUUGAUUCUCCAUUCAGUCCAGUAGAUCUGUCUCAAGAUUCAGAUAGGAAUUUAGGAAUUCAACAAAAAGAUUUAGUUAGGUAGUUUACCCCUACUGUUAUACAAUGAACCCCAGUGCAUCUCUCAAAAUGGAAAUGGUAUUGCUGCCAUUUGAAACCUGAGUUCAAGGCAGAAAGUGCUUCCCAGUGUGACAGAUCAUUUGUGUUGAAAAGGCUUUGUGUUGGGAUGGUUCUAAUGAUAGCCCCUUCUACACUGCCAUAUAAAAUCCAGACUCAUAUAAUCCAGUUCAAAGCAGAUAAUGGUUCAAAGCAGGACUGAUGACUUGAAGGUUGGGUUGCUGACCUGAAGGUUACUGGUUCAAAUCCAACCCAGGGAGAGCACGGAUGAGCUCCCUCUAUCAGCUCCAGCUCCAUUCGGAUACAUGAGAGAAGUCUCCCAAGUAUGGUAAAAACAUCAAAAACAUCAGGGGGUCCUCUGGGCAACAUCCUUGCAGAUGGUCAAAUCUCUCACACCAAAAGUGAAUUGCACUUUCUCAAAUCGCUCCUGACAUGGAAAAAAAAAAAACCCUGUUUUGAUCAUCCAGAUUAUAUGGCAGUGUAAAAGAGGCCUGUGUGGUUUGGGAAGUGAGGAUUCAUAUAGCUGAAAUCACUGGAAUCAUGUAGGAAGCUACUGAAUGUGAAAAGCUUUCUGCUUGAAGGUAUCACAGGGUUUUGUUAUUUUCACAAGUGGCAAAUUUGUUUGAACAGGACAGAGGAGAAUCUGCGGAAGAAGUGAUUAGGGUGCAGUUAGUGUCAUAGAAAAGGAGGCCAUAAAUGAACUAGCCCAGGAGUCCAAACUUGUAAAAGUUACUUUUGGGUGAUUAAUUCACCAGAAUGCCCCAGCCGCAAAAAAAGUUAUCUGUAUACUCAUGUAUAAAUCUCGAAUCAUAUACAAUCAUAAAACCAACCCCAAAGAAUUGGGUUGACUCAUCCACAAAUCAAUAUGAGUUGGAGGGAACCAUUCUUUUCUUUGAGUAGAAUGGGGAAAGACAAGAACUUAGUCCAUCCUAGGAGAACCUAAAAGAAGUUCUGACUCCCUCUACUCUCUCAGCUGUGGUACCACUUCUGCCUUUUUUAAUGCCUUGGUGAAAUUGCAGUGCCAAUUAAGGGAGGUGGUAUUGGUGCUUUCCCUUCUCCGUGGAGUGACCCUCAACUUACAGGUGGGCCAGUUCAAAAUCUAUAAUUUUGGCCCAAACCCUGCCCUUGACUUAUAUAUGAGAUCAAUACAUGAAUUUAUAUGGCAACUUUCUCAAAUUCUGCCAAGGCUGUAAGUGAUGUGCCUGGGAAAGAGCUGCUCAUCCACUCUAGCAUGCCUAGUGUUCUUAAAAGUAAAAUGUGUGUUCUUGUUUUUUUUUAAAUUAUUUUAAAGAAAUCUGAUUUUUCUUCUCCCCCAGUGAGUGGAAAUACGAUAUAUUUUUGAAUCUCUGGUUUCUCAAAUGGGUUUGAUAAAAAUAAAUAUUCAGUUUUAUUAAAUAUAAUCAUUUUUCUGAAAAAAUACAAUUCAAAAAUAAAUUCUAUUCUACUAGACGCAGAGCAAGUGUCAACAGAAACUGGGUCUUGGGAUGUUUCCUUCUAUUCUAUUAUGUCUGUACCAAUGAUAGCUAGAAGUUAACAGAGGCAAGAGAAUUAAGAGGGAUGUUUCUAUUUGCUCUUGAAAAAUAAAAACAUGUACACCCAGCUUCAAUCAUCUCUGAUCUAGACUGAAAUGUUUAUUAAAUGUGGGUGGGUUGUGAUUAUAACUUGCUAAAUGACAUGAGAGGAGAAGGUGCCAAAGUGGUAGGAGCUUAUGAAUCAGAGAGGAUAUAAAAAGAGUAAAUUCCCUUGAAUUUAACUACUUGAAGCUUGAAUAUGUUAUAGAAAGUUUCAGUGAUUAGGCCAUUAAUAGAGAAAUUCGAGGAGCCCUUGACUUCCAACACAUUCCUUUUAGAAAGGAAAAAAUAUAUACUGUCACCAUCACUAUAAUGCAAUUUUCUUACUAUGGCAUGAGAAAUUAAGCCCAGGUUGAUAUCUCAUUUUGUUCUCCAUACGAAUUGUAGGACACAGGUGAAAAUUUUUGUUAACAUGCAGGGCUUUUUUGGUCUAACAGUUCCUAAAUUCCAGUAACUAGGAAGUCCUAGAGCUCACAUAAGAUGAAGGAUAUAAAAUCUUUUCUAUGCCAUGAUUUUAAAUGGUGGAGUAAAAUAUUAUUAGACAUCUGUUUUAAUAACCCAUUCCACAUGGGCAAGCAUCCAUAUGCAUGUAAGGGCUCACCACCACUAAGAACUUCCAUGCUUUAGCAUGCCAAUGUAAGCUGUCAUCCUUUUUAGAUUGAUGGUUGCUGGGUAGCAUAUAAAAAUUUCAGAUGUUGGAUCAUGACUCAUGUAUUGCUUUUAGUCUCUGCACAGUGCUGCUCAUAGUACAACACCAUUUGAACUCACCCAAACAUACACCAAACAUGCUCAAUUUCUAAUCAUAAGUGGAAUAUAUAUGGCCAUAUGUGAUUUACAGAAGAUGUACAGGUUUUGCUCCUAAUAUACUAGGGGUUGAAAGCUGCUGAUGUUCAUGAGUCAGUGAUAUGACAUGAAAUGAGUAAUGUGGGAAGUAUUCCCUUCUGAAAAAAAUAGUGGCUCUUGUGUCAGAUAAGGGUAGCCUUAGCUAAAAGCCUGCCAUAACAACUACACAGUCCACACUUGUCUCCAUCAGCUGUGACAAUGCACGGGUAAACCCAAGGAAUGGAUUCCAAAUGUAUAUCCUGUCUCCCCAAAAUAGUAAUUGUACGUAUGUAUCAGGAGUAUCAAAGGUCAAAGCCCAGGUGAGGCAGUGAAACAAAAUAUUAUACUAGAAAUCUAAUGCUGGAAAAUUUCAUUUAUAGACCUGUAACUGGAGACUACAUCAGACGGGGUACUUUUCGGUGGCAUACACUUGAUCUUCUAUAGUUUUUCGAUGGAUCCCGCCAGCUCCCAUCCCACAAUGUAAAACUACCUUCAGCAGGGCUCUCUCACAAUACUAUAGAUGAUCCGCCAUAUGCCACCAUCAUGGCAACACAGGAGGCUUCUCAUGUUGUAUUGGACUCAAGGGGGGGGGAGCUGUGUGGUGGACACUUUACCCCCAUGAGAUGAGGUAGAGGGAAGCCGGGCAACGCAAGGCAUGGGGCGACAGGUUCUCCAAGCACAGGUUCUUCUGGGCACAGCCAUAUUCUUCAUGAUGCAUGGCAGUUCCAGCAGCCCAUAUGAUGAGGCUGUAAAUCUCUGAGUAACACCUAAGAAAAAAGUAAACAGGAUCUGUUACCAACGUGCCUGGGUCACGGAAAUAAAUCUUGUCAAAAAAUGUGAUCAGAACAUUUUAAAGCUGAUGUACAUGUAUUUAAGUCAAUGUAGUACUGAAAGAGGUAAGAUGUGUAUAUCUGUAGCAGACUUUAUAUAUACACAUGGUUCUAUGUCAAAUCCAUGAAGAACUGGCCCUCAAGAAAGAUCUUGAGGGCUAGUUCUUCAGAAGACCUAUGACUCUUUGUCAGUUUCAGUAAGCGUCUCCCCAGUACAAGACACAUCAAUUGUCUAGUACAGAGAUUCUUAAACUGUGCUCCUCCAGAUGUUUUGGACUUCAGGUCCCACAAUUCCUAAUAGCUGGUAAGCUGUCUGGGAUUUCUGGGAGCUGAAGUCCAAAACACCUGGAGGAGCACAGUUUGAGAAACACUGGUCUAGUGAAAGAAGCUUUAUGUGUAAAGAGCAAGGGGAAAGCACAAUUGUGUGUAUGUGUAUGUCCUACUGAGUUCAAGGAAACUGACCCUUUGGUAAGAUUGUAUGAGAUUGCAGUUUAAUAGUACAAUUCUAUGUAUGGAAAAGUUAUGCUUUUGGAUAACAAUUCCAAGAGCACCCCAGCAAGCAUACCCAAAAGUAACUGUUCCAAACCCUGGCUUCCUGGUAUUCAAUGGAACUUAUUCCAAGAAAGUGUGCAUGGGAUUGUAAUCACAGUUAGUUUCUAACCAAAUUUCUUUAUUGGUUUCCCCAGAUUAUUGUCCCAGUUGCUCUUUAGGAAAACAAAUUGGCCCAUUUUUUGAAAAUCAGAAUCAAUCAUGUAAACUUUUAUUACAAUAAUCUAUUCUGUACCAUUUUGUGAUACGUGAAAUGUUAUUUUUCGAAGCUAUGUGUGUGCUAAAAGGCAUAUGAAUAUUUUAUGUCCUGUUACAGAGGUCCUGUAAUGCAAAACAUGAAAACGAGCCCAACUGUGGGUGGCUGGUGAGCAGGCUUAGAUGCAGUGCAAAUAAUGGAUGUAGAAACUCUGAUCAGUGGUGAAAACAUGCCUCAAAAUAACAUUUUAAUGACAAGCUUAAGGGGUUAGCCAAAAGCACAUGCCUGUAUUGAAUUCUACUAAACAUCCUGAAAUAUGGAAUAAAAAUUCUGUCCCUGGUUUUCUUGUUUUUUCUUUGAAUGUACUAAGAUGGGAGGGAUGGAUAAAUGUUUAAAAUAGUUUACAAAAUUUCAUUUGAAUUAAUAAAUACCUCUCCAAAAUCA